GCGGGGGAUGGAGCCUUUCCUCGGCUGCACCGGCGCCGCGCUCCUGCUCUGCUUCAGCUACGCCGGUCUGCGCCCGGUGGAGGCAGACAGCCCUUCGGCUCCAGUAAAUGUCACAGUCAAACACCUGAAAGCCAACUCGGCCGUGGUCACUUGGGAUGUCCUGGAAGACGAAGUUGUCAUUGGAUUUGCAAUUUCCCAGCAGAAGAAGGACGUGCGGAUGCUGCGCUUCAUCCAGGAGGUGAACACCACCACCCGCUCCUGUGCCCUCUGGGACCUAGAGGAGGACACUGAGUACAUUGUGCAUGUCCAGGCCAUCAGCAUCCAAGGCCAGAGCCCAGCCAGUGAGCCAGUCCUCUUCAAGACCCCCAGGGAAGCUGAGAAACUAGCCUCUAAAAAUAAAGAUGAGGUGACAAUGAAGGAGAUGGCAAAGAAAAACCAACAGCUGCGAGCGGGGGAAGUUCUCAUCAUUGUUGUGGUGUUGUUCAUGUGGGCAGGGGUGAUCGCCCUGUUCUGCAGACAAUACGACAUCAUCAAAGACAACGAGCCCAACAACAGCAAGGAGAAAGCCAAGAGCGCCUCGGAGAACAGCACACCCGAGCACCAGGGCGGGGGCCUGCUGCGGAGCAAGUUUCCAAAAAACAAGCCCUCAGUGAACAUCAUUGAAGCAUGACAGCCUGACACCUGAGAGAUGGACUCCAUGCCUCACUCUCACUCUGAGCCGUGCUGACUGGGGAGGUGAAACAUUGGCGGAGCGAUUUGCAAAACAAGACCUCGUGAUUGUCA